AUGGAGACUUGGUUCAUCAUCCUCAUCUCCAUCUCUAUUUCUGCCUUCAUCAAAGCUCUCAUCAGCAUUUUCUUUCCUUCCAAGAACCCUUCCCUCAAUCUCAACCUCCCUCCAGGCCCCCUUAAAUUUCCUAUCAUCGGCAACACUGUAUGGCUCCGCAAAUCCUUAUCCGAAUUCGAACCCAUCAUCCGUUCCCUCCACUCCAAGUUUGGCCCUGUUGUUACCCUCCACAUCGGCCGUCGCCCCUCCAUCUUUGUCGCCGACCGCUACCUUGCCCACCAUGCCUUGAUCCAGAACGGUGCGCUUUUUGCUGACCGCCCCCCGGCUCUUGCUACUGGUAAAAUCACCAGUAGCAAUCAGCAUAAUAUCAACAUGGCCUUUUACGGCCCCACUUGGCGUCUCCUCCGGCGGAACCUCACUUCAGAAAUCCUGCAUCCUUCGCGGGUGAAGUCCUAUGCUCACGCUCGAAAAUGGGUGCUGCAAAUCCUUCUUGAUCGCUUUGAAUCGCUGUUGAAAUCUGGACAUCCUGUUUGCACUGUGGAUAGUCUUCAAUACGCCAUGUAUUGCCUGCUAGUCCUCAUGUGUUUCGGCGACAAGCUUGAUCAGAAACAAAUUGAAGAAAUCGAGAGAGUUGAGCGUGCCAUGCUUUUGAACGGGGCCAGAUUCAGAUUACUCAAUUUCUGGCCAAGAUUGUCCCAAAUCGUGUUUCGCAAACGGUGGUCACAGCUGUUUCAGCUUAGGAAGAACCAAGAAGAAGUAUUAAUCCCUUUAAUAAGAGCAAGAAAGAAGUUGAAAGAAGAGAAAUUGAGCAAGUCCAAGAAUGAAAAUGAUGACUAUGUCUUAUCGUACGUUGACACACUGUUCGAUCUUCAACUUCCCGAUGAGAAAAGGAAGCUCAGCGAUGAUGAAAUCGUUACUUUGUGCAAUGAAUUUCUUAACGCAGGCACAGACACUACCUCCACUGCCAUGCAAUGGAUUAUGGCGAAUUUGGUUAAGUACCCAAAUAUUCAAGAGAAGCUUUUUAUGGACAUUAAAGGGGUUGUUGGAGAUGCAGCGGAAGAGAUAGAGGAAGAUGAUCUGCAAAAGAUGGCAUAUUUGAAAGCUGUAGUUUUAGAAGGGCUAAGGAGGCACCCACCAGGGCAUUUUGUGUUGCCACAUGCAGUGACUGAAGACGCAGUGUUGGGCAACUAUUUAGUGCCCAAAAAUGGGACUAUAAAUUUCAUGGUAGCAGAUAUAGGUUGGGAUCCAAAGGUGUGGGAGGAUCCCAUGGCAUUCAGACCUGAGAGGUUCAUGGACAGUGAAGAAAUGUUUGAUAUAACAGGAAGUAGGGAGAUUAAGAUGAUGCCAUUUGGAGUGGGAAGAAGGAUGUGCCCUGGUUAUGCCUUAGCAUUGCUUCAUUUGGAGUAUUUUGUGGCUAAUUUGGUUUGGAAUUUUGAGUGGAAGGCUGUGGAUGGAGAUGACAUUGACCUGUCUGAGAAGCAGGAGUUUACAAUGGUGAUGAAGAAUCCAUUGCAGGCCCUCAUAUCUCCCAGGUUCAAAAACAGAAGGUGAAAUAGUAUAGCAUAGUACUACUAUAAUUUACUUGUAGUAUAAUUGCCAAUUAGCUUUCAAUAUUUGUGGUUCAGAAUGGAGAUUGGAGAUAUAUACAGUUUAUGUGUGUAAAGAAAAGCUGAAAAAAAAAACAUAAAUUAAUUGUUUC